AUGGGCACAAGGCGCCAGGUUGUUCCUGCAUCACUACACUCUGAGCUCACGGAAUAUUCCUCACUCAUCCGCGCUCUCCAUACGAACAGCACUCUUGAUGUCACCUCUCACCUCCUCCCCUCUGCGUGGAAAGGAAAGGAGCGUGCUGCAGACUACGAGGAUGACGAGGACGACUCUGAGGAUGAAUAUUUGGCACCAAGAAAUCGUUCUGCAUCUCGCAUGAGUUUCGAGAGACAUUCAUCUGCUCCGCUUGCCUUUCCGUCGAGCUCGCCCUCGCGGUCACGGUCACGGUCUUCAGCGGCCAAGCGACGAGCACCGCGCGAAGGUUGGACUCGGUGGCCCUUACCUCAAGGGGACAUCUACGUACCUGAAUGGACUUGGGAAGACGAAGUUGCCGCUAUUGCUCCCCAGCUGCUGACUCGAUCUCGACCACCUGCCGCACCUUCACCAGCAUCACCUCUCGCAUCUGAGCUACCUGAGACUCAGCCCGACCCCACGCGCCAGUCCUCCCAGGCGACUGUAUCUACGACGAUAGAGGAAACAUCCUCGGAGGAUUCUGAUGAAGACGACAACAGCGCCCCUACGCUACCACAAUCUCAACCCCAUCCUCCCGCCACCCAAGAGGAAGAUGCGGAAGACUCUGAUACCGCCGAGGAUGAGGACCCUCUGCCACCCGCCUACCUCUCCGCGCUGUCGCAAGACUCAGCCACCUUCAUGUCACAGGUCCUCGCCCUUUUAGCGGCCCAUACCCCGCUUCGCCCAGGAAGCCUUCAAAACCGCAUCGGGACGUUGACUUGGCGGAACGUCAUUGAUAUACUGUCGGUCUCGGGCUUUCCAGGUGUGGAUGGCAGUUUGCUGCGAAACAUGACCACCAAACUGGAAAAGGUAUACGACCCAUAUGAUGGCUCAGAGCGAGCCGCUCAGCGUGCGGAUAUGCGCCUUCACGCUCGUCCGCCUGGCACCCGCACAACAAUAGACCCUCGAUCUCCCUCAGCUCCAGAGCUCCUGACUCAAUCCACCUCCUCAUUCCGACCUACUCGUCCUACUCACGACCCCCUCUCCGAACUACUCCAUCUUCCACCCAUGCCACCCGACUGGUCGCUUGGCGCGCAUACCAACGUCGACGCGUCGCCCCCUAAGUUGCGGAAACGCAAAUCCCAGACUCAACUCCAGCCGAAGGCGAUGAAGCGACGGCGGAUCGCGUCGGCUGGUGGGCGGAAGGUGUCGAUGGGAAGGAAGGCGUCUGGUGCUGGGAAGAAGGUGGUGGUCGGCAAGACGAAGAAGAAAGGCGCCAUUGCGAAGGACGCGAUGGACGUCGAUGACGACGCUUGGCAAGACGAGGAUGAAGACGAUGACGAGAACGCGAGCACUCCUGCAGCUGAAAGCGCGGACGUAGAUGCGAUCAACGAAGGAGACGACAUGCACCGGUCUUCACCGCGAUCUGUGCCGCCCACGUCGCAGACACUCCCGCCCUCGUCACAACCAGUACCGCCCACAUCCCACCCCCUUCCGCCCGCAUCCCAACCGCCUUCACCUCCUUCACCACCUCCCACUCGACGCAGAUACCCAUCCACCCUGCCCUCCCUCUCGCCCACGCAAUCUUCCUUCCCGUCCCUCAGUCAGGUGCUUGACCAGCACCGCCCACCAUCCGCCGACGAUUCUUCGCGAGGGCGACGCACAGCCAAUACUUCGCAACCCCUUCCGUCCCCUUCGACCGCUGCCAUCUCACACAACUCACGCGCAAGCGAGGAAGAGGUGCAGAAUCAGCUGCAUCUCAUGGACAGCGACAGCGAUGACGACGUGCCGCCGGCUGGCUCACCUGAGCCGCCAGCGCCUUCAUCUCGCCCAAGGCGCAGCCGGCGAUCAACUGCGGGACAGGAGGCCUCUGCAGUGUCGUUUGCACAUGCGAAAAGCAUUGACAAGGCUUCGGAGACGAGACCGCGGGUUGCGUCCAAGACGCGCGCCACCACAAAGGCCACGACGAAGACAACAACAUCCAAGCGACCCGCGAAGGCUGCAGAAGCGGAUCCAUCCCAGGACGCCGCUUCCUCUUCGCAGACGCCUGCUUCCCGGUCCCCCCAGGCCGCCUCAUCACAAGCAGUUGUCGACAACUUAUCGCAAGCUGCCGCUGCUUCGUCUCUGAGGACCAUCAGACGCACCACUCGGUCGACCGCAGAUUCCCGUUCUACGUCGACAUCAAAAGGUAAGCGGAAGCCUCGAAUAGUGAGUGCGGCGGUCAUCGAGGAUAGCGGGUCGGAGUGAAGGUGCGGUGAAAGGAGGGGUUUGAAAUGCUUUGCUGUCUCCUCUAAGCUCGCGAUUCACGUAAAUAUUCUUGUUGUAUCCACUCAUCUUGGACAUACACAUCUAUACCUGUAAUCCUAUACCCCACGCCCCGAAUCAUGCUUGGGACUUCUCGGCCUGCUCACGUAGUAUCUGAUUCUGCUUUACCAGCAGAAGACCGUAGAGCAGCUCCACGCG